AUGGCCCGAUUCCCAGUCCCAACGGUCCUAGAAAUCCACCGGCCCAAAACCUUCACCGGCAACUCAACCUCCAUAACCGCCCUACUGAGCUCAUGCUCUACACUGAGUCACCUUCUCCAAAUCCACGCGCAGAUAAUAACAUCGGGCCGCCAUGGCAAUUCCCACCUCACAGACAAAAUCAUUCACCUCUGCACCUCAAACUCUCUUCGGGCAAAACACCCGCUCCACCCUAUAAACCACGGCUGCCACCUCGCUAGCCUCUCGGAAAAUCAAGAACCCUUUUCAUGGAACAACGUGAUCCGGGCCCUCGCCACCUCCAAAUUGGGGAGAGAGGCCCUCCGAGCCUUUCUCCGGAUGCGGCGCCAGGGGAUCGGGCCCAAUGAGCACACCUUCCCUUUCAUCUUCAAAGCCUGCUCUUCGUUUUCGGGACUCGACGAGGGCCGGCAGGUCCACGGCGACGUGGUCAAGCACGGCUUGCAUCUCAACGUGUAUGUGCAGAACACGCUGAUUCAUAUGUACGGCUCGUGUAAAAAAAUUGUGGACGCUUACAAGGUGUUUGAGGGAAUGCCUCAGAGAACGGUGGUCUCGUGGAACUCGGUAAUAUCGGCCCUCGUCGAGUGCUCUUGGUUUGAUGAAUCUAUAGAGCUUUUCGUUAAGAUGAGGAGAAAUGGGGUCGGGCCGGAUGAGACCACGAUGGUGAUCGUCCUCUCUGCCUGUACUGAGCUCGGCAGCCUGAACCUCGGCAAGCGGGCCCACUCCCAGGUGAUCGAAUUGGGCUUGCUCGUCAACUGCCAGCUGGGCACUUCCCUGGUCGACAUGUACGCGAAAUGCGGGAACAUAAACUAUGCAGCCCGAAUAUUCAACGCCAUGGCCCGCAAGAACGUGUGGACUUGGAGCUCGAUGAUUAUCGGGUUCGCGCAGCACGGGCUAGCGGGCCCCGCCCUCCAACUCUUUCACGAGAUGAAAAAUCAGUCGAUCAGGCCCAAUCACGUAACUUUUCUUGGCGUUCUUUGUGCUUGCAGCCAUGCCGGGCUCGUUCAUGACGGGCGGCGAUACUUUCACGAGAUGGAAAAGGUUCACGGGCUCAAGCCCGGGAUGUUGCAGUACGGGGCCAUGGUGGAUCUAUUAGGCCGGGCCGGGCUUUUAGAGGAAGCCUAUGAUUUUAUAAUGGAUAUGCCCGUUGAGCCCGAUGGGGCCGUGUGGAGGGCUUUGCUUAGCGCGUGUGGGAUUCAUGAUCGUGUGGGGGGUUCGGCUUGGGUCGGGGAGAAGGUGAGGCGGAGGCUUGUGGAGCUCGAGCCGAAGAGAAUUGGGAAUUUGGUGAUGAUCGCAAAUAACUAUGCAGACGUGGGGUCGUGGGAAGAGGCCGAGAACUUGAGGCGGAAAAUGAGGGAUUGUGGGUUGAAAAAGGUGGGUGGGUGGAGCUGUUUGGAGAUAGGGGGUCGUGUGGCUCGGUUUUUUUCGGGGGAUUUUUCUAGUGUCACAUGUUGUGUUGAUGAUAUCUUGUCGUGUUUGAGCAGGUUGAGUCUGCACUCGAGGAUUACGAGAUUACAGUGA